CACAGUGGGCUGGCCCGCUAAGCGCUCCACCUAUUCCGCACCACACCCUACCAGCAGAAGGCAGCAAAAAUGAAGAGCAUUUACUUUGUGGCUGGAUUGUUUAUAAUGCUGGUACAAGGCAGCUGGCAACGUUCCCUUCAAGACACAGAGGAGAAUCCCAGAUCUUUCUCAGCUUCCCGAGCAGACGUGCUGGAUGAUCCAGACCAGAUGAAUGAAGACAAGCGUCAUUCACAGGGCACAUUCACCAGUGACUAUAGCAAGCACCUGGACUCCAGGUAUGCUCAAGAGUUUGUGCAGUGGCUGAUGAACACCAAGAGGAACAGGAAUAACAUUGCCAAACGUCAUGAUGAAUUUGAGAGACAUGCUGAAGGGACCUUUACUAGCGAUGUCAGUUCUUAUUUGGAAGGCCAAGCUGCAAAAGAAUUCAUUGCUUGGCUGGUGAAAGGCCGAGGAAGACGAGACUUUCCAGAAGAAGUCACCAUUGUUGAAGAACUCCGCCGCAGACAUGCUGAUGGUUCUUUCUCAGAUGAGAUGAACACCGUUCUUGACAAUCUUGCCACCAGGGACUUUAUCAACUGGCUGAUUCAGACCAAAAUCACUGACAGGAAAUAAGUGGGUCAUUAUUCAAGACCAUCUUCACAUCGCCUGCCAUCCACUUAGGAUG